CCUCUCCCCCAGAUCAGCCACUCAGAGGAACGUCUUUGCCGAGUAGUCCUUGUUCGUAGGGUUUAAUCAGUAAAAGGAAAAUAACAGGUAGCGCCAUCCGCCGCUUUAUUUCCCCGUGGCCAAAUUUGCAUCUGAAGGAUUACAAUCCCACCGCUUGGCCACGACAUAUGUGACUAUCUGCGCCUUUCGACAGACAGAAAAAAACAGACAACACCCGCGUUUAGCUACAAUGUGUGACUGAGUAUCACCGCAAGCCAGCGAACUCGUGUGACACACCAUCGAGAGGCAGCUGUUAUGGGCUGAAGCCCGACUCAACAACUAAAUCAAUCGAGGUCGGGAUUGGGUACACGCAUCCUUAAUAACGUCAACAUUGUGGAUAUGGAAUGGUGCAUGCCAGUGCCCCAAGUUUACAGCCUCUGAAGAGCAGCGAGAUCAUGGAAAUUCAUCCUCUGGGUAGUAGACUUUGUCCACAUCCUUUGGACAAAGAGGAUGGCAUAGAGAAGCAAGGUCCUGUCACUCUCAACCCCAGGCACAUGCGAAAGGCCUUCAAAGUUAUGAAUGAGCUACGCAGUCAGAGCCUGCUGUGCGAUGUGACCAUAGUAGCGGAGGACGUAGAGAUCACUGCUCACAGGGUGGUCCUCGCUGCCGGGAGCCCCUACUUCCAUGCUAUGUUCACAGGGGAAAUGGCAGAGAGCAGGGCGAAGCGGGUGAGGAUAAAAGAGAUGGGGGGCUGGACACUUGGCCUGCUCAUCGACUACAUCUACACAGCGGAGAUACAGGUCACGGAGGAGAAUGUACAGGCCCUGCUUCCCGCUGCGGGCCUGCUGCAGCUGAGCGAGGUGAAGAAGGCCUGCUGUGACUUCCUGAGCUCCCAGCUCCACCCCUCCAACUGUUUGGGGAUCCGGGCCUUCGCAGACCUGCACGCCUGCUGCCAACUCCUCACGCAGGCCAACAGUUACGCCGAGCAACACUUCCCCGAGGUGGUGGCCAGUGAAGAAUUCCUGAACCUGGGCAUGGAACAGGUGUCCAGCCUCAUCGCCAGCGACAAGCUCACCAUUCCUACUGAGGAGAAGGUCUUUGAAGCGGUGAUUGCUUGGGUCAAUCAUGAUAAAGAUGUUCGUCAGGAACACCUGGCUCAACUCAUGGAGCACGUGCGCCUGCCGCUACUCUCCAGAGAAUAUCUGGUGCAGAGGGUGGAGGAGGAGUCUCUGGUGAAGAACAGCAGUGCGUGUAAAGACUAUCUGAUCGAGGCCAUGAAGUACCACCUGCUGCCGGCUGAUCAGAGGGCCCUGAUGAAGACCGCACGGACACAAAUGAGGACCCCAGCCUGCUGCCCUAAGGUGAUGGUGGUGGUGGGGGGCCAGGCUCCCAAGGCUAUCCGGAGCGUUGAAUGCUAUGACUUUGAGGAGCAGCGGUGGUACCAGGUGGCUGAACUCCCAACCAGGAGGUGCAGAGCAGGCGUGGUGUACGUGGGCGGCUGCGUGUACGCGGUCGGGGGCUUCAACGGCUCUUUGCGCGUGCGGACGGUGGACUGCUACGACCCGGCGGCGGACCGCUGGACCUGCGUGAGCAGCAUGCAGGACCGCCGCUCCACGCUGGGCGCCGCCGUGCUCAGCGGCCUGCUCUACGCCGUCGGGGGCUUCGACGGCAGCACCGGGCUGUCCACCGUGGAGGCGUACAACUCCAAGACGGACGAGUGGUUCCACGUCUUGCCCAUGAGCACCCGGAGGAGCAGUGUCGGCGUGGGCGUUGUCAACGGGAUUCUGUAUGCAGUGGGAGGGUAUGACGGGGCCACCAGACAGUGUCUGAGUACAGUAGAGGCCUACAAUCCAAACAGCAACACAUGGAGCUACAUCUCUGAGAUGGGCACCCGGCGGAGUGGGGCAGGCGUGGGCGUGUUGAAGGGGCUGCUGUACGCGGUGGGGGGUCACGACGGCCCGCUGGUGAGGAAGAGCUGCGAGGUGUUUGACCCGGCCACCAACGGCUGGCGCCAGGUGGCCGACAUGAACAUGUGCCGCCGCAACGCAGGCGUGUGUAUGGUGAACAACCUACUGUACGUGGUGGGCGGCGAUGACGGCAGCUGUAACCUUGCGUCCGUGGAGUUCUACAACCCUGCCUCCGACAAGUGGACUCUACUGGCGGCCUGCAUGAGCACCGGACGCAGCUAUGCAGGAGUGACGGUGAUCGACAAGCCCUUAUGACUGCCUCAGGGGCCAUCUUGUUGAUUUUGAGCAGUCGUCUGCUGAACACCCAUCUUGGAUCCGUCUUCGACGCCAGAGCUUGGACCUGAGGCUGCCUCAACGGGCCCUGCCAGAAAAUGAGCAAAUGAUGAUGAAGCUGAUGAGGAUGAUCAUGAAGAUGAAGAUUAAUGCACUUAAGAAACGGGGGAGGAACUCAACAACUGGGAGAUGUUAAAACCGUGUUUUUAAUCCUCUCGUGGCUAAACAAGCGACAGCGAACUGGAGUCGAACCAGUUUUAAGAACCACUACAACCGCAACGGUGUUGGAUUGCUACUGAAGAAGAGCUGUUGUAACUAUAACAUUAAGGGUCUUCUCUUUUUUUUGUUUUUCGUCUUAUCGUUGCUGAAACGGCAGGAAGUUCCCUAAUUAGGUAUUUUCCUUUUGAGAAUAGAACAGUGAGGGGAGCAUUAUGAAUGGAACGCCUUUAACUUUUUUUUAUCAUGCCAAGAAAUGUAUGGUUAAGUUUGUAUAGUGACUAAAUGGGUGCUCAACGUGUAAGCAUGUGUGCGCGUGCUUGCGUGUGUGCGUGUGUGCGUGUGUGUGUGUGUGUGUGUGUGUGUGUGUGUGUGUGUGUGUGUGUGCGCGUGUGCGCGCCUUUCGCUUGCGCAUGUGAGCAUGUACCGUAUGUGUGUGCGCCGCUCAUCACAGCCGUGCACCUGCAAGUCUCGCGCGUGGCGACGCCUGGUCGACGCACGGGGUCGCGACCUCUGCACUCUGAGCUCCGACCUUUUACAGUGUUCUCGUAUGUGGCUGUCCCUAAAGUGGCUGAAUGUGUUUUUUUAUUACACCUGAGUUACCCAAACCCUCCUAGCGUCCUAUGUUGUUGUUGCUCCCAGUGUGCUAUUAUGGGCCCAAGUGCCAAACGGGGACUUAUUGAGUUUACCUGCCAAGGAUCUAGGGGAUGUUUACUUGAUGGUAGCCGGUGUCAUUAGCACACCAGUCUGCAUGAUUCCAGCACAGCCUGUGGAAAGUGAUUGUAAAAGAGACAUUGUAUGCUUUCUUUGGGGUUGGGCGGGGGGGGGAUGGUAUGUUUGGGGAAAUAAAAGGCUUUUAUUGCGAUAUCUGUAUGGAAACACAGUAUGUUCGUGGGACCGAAGAAAAGACAGAGGGAGAAACUGUUGACGAGCGUUUCCAACAGUUUAUUUAUUUAUUAGUGUUUUACUGUCACUUGGCAGAACUCUCCGUUGUGGUUGUGACCACUGAUCACAGCAAGUUAAAUAUGGGCUGAACUCCAUGCAUGGUCCUGACCUUUAACCUCUCAAACCCACCCGGUUAACCCCCCCUCCAACUUCUCCCACCAUCCCCUAUCCCCUCUGUUAUAGCAAGCCUAUUAACUACUGCACACCCUGACUCGACAUGAAUGUGCCAACUUUAAUAUUGCUCUUUAUUUCUGUCGUUCUUUAUUAUUCUCUUUCUCUACUACUCACAACAUCGUCUUAUCUCCCUCUCUCUCUCUCUCUCUUUUCUGGAAAGUGACCAAACGACUUGAUUUUUCAGUUUUUUGCUCUAAUAUUUAAAGUUGCUACGAUGUUGAUUAAUAUCGCUGUCUCUUGUCAGAGGAAUGUUAUGUAGGCUAAUGAUCUUUGAAAUGUUUCACAACAUGUUUUAUAUUAUCAUUAAUAAAUAUGCUUCUUGUAUUUAAACGUGAAAGUAUGCCUCUUUAAAUUUUGCAGAAAUAUUAAAACGUUUUAACAUAA